UGCUGUCUGCAGAGGACCUACAGUCAGUGUGCAUGUUCAUGGAGAGCAGCCUGGGUCGGCUCCACUGGAGGCAGAACCUGGCCCCGCUGCUGCAGCGCCUGGCUGAGACCUUGGCCUGGGUGCUGCGGAACCCCCCAGCCAGCUCCGGGCCCUGGGGCUACGCGGCCGUCAAGGCCUGUCUCCAGCUCUUCCAGGCACUGCCCAAGGACGUGGCCCCCCUGGUGUGGAGCGAGGCAGAGAGGAGCGAGACGCUGCAGCGCGUUUUGGGACUGCUGCUGGAGGUCAUCAUGGGCAAGGCCCCGAACAAGGACACGCGGCUGCUGGCGGGCACCGUGCUGAGCAUGCUGGUGAACACGGCCCCGCAGCCCGAGAGCGGGGCCUGCGCCGCGCGGGCGCUCGUCCAGCUCGCCGAUGAAGGCAUGGGAGAGCUCAGGUUUGGGGAGCUGAUAGUGGAGGCCACCUCUGUCCCCGAGCCAGAUGGGCUGGAAAGGCUGGUGUUGGCCCGAGGUUUGCUCACCUGCUGCAGGACAGACAUCCUCAGCUGCCAGCUGGAGAGCUUCACCCACCAGGCUUGCUUGUUGCUGGAUGUGCUCUUUCCUGCUGUGUAUGCCCUCAGCAAAGAGCGGAGGGACUGCCACUACUACUACUUCCAAGUUUUCUCCCUCUGGCUGCAACGCCUCCAGGAAAGCCUGCCCGGGAUCUGGUGCUUGAAGGGGAGCCGCAUCCUGGCCGAGGACUCAGAUCUCCUCAACCAGCUCAUGCAGCUGCUGUGGAACAACUCUGAGACGCCGGUGGAAGGGGUGUCCGAGUUUAUCCACAGCUCCUUUCGGCUGCUCCUGGAAAUCUACUGUCUCGAGUGCAGGCACUUCGAGGACCAGGAGAGGCCUCUCUACAGACAGAUGCUAAAGAGGGUCAUCUCGAUGCCGUGGCAAGUCAAAGGCAGAUACGUACCUCUGUGUGCCAUCGUCCCCUACGUGGGCAGUGAGCAGGUCCUGGAUGCCUACAGGGACCUGCCGCAGCACCUCCUGAGCUGCCUCGCCACCAACCACCUGUGUCCAGCUGCCACCGAGGUCUACAAGGCAGUGGUGCAGCAGCAGCGAACCGAGGGGCUGGCGGGGCAGAGCGGGGCCGAGGAGGCUCUGGCCGAGCGCUGGGCGCUGCACUGGCUGCCGCUGCUCUCGCGGGCGCUCCGUUCUGCCGUGCCCAUCCUCCAGAGCAACGCUGCCAACCACCUCCUGCCCUGGACCCUGCGCCUCCUCCCGGCCACCUACGCAUCGCUGGCCGCAGAGUUUGGUGGCCAGGAUGUGGCUGCGCUGCGAGCUUGGGUGGCACUGCUCAAAGCGCAGAAGAGCAUCACGGGGACGCUGGCGGUGGAGGGCGAGACGCGGGAGCGCCUGUCGCGCUGCCUGCGCGCUUUGUAG